UGCUGAGAUAUGACAAUUGACAGUUGUAAAUUGUAAUGGCGGAAGGUUGAUGGACAAUAACAUUCAUUUCACAAAAAUUAUCAGAAAGUUUUGUGUAAAAAAAAAUUGUUUUUUGUUGCAGAUAGCGUAUUUUGCAAUAGUUUUUCAAGUAGCCAGCGGGCUCACAUAUCUUGUUUAUUCUUAAUUCGUGUAUUUGGUAUACAAAAUGAAGUAAUGUUAUUUGUAUUUUUUGUGCUAAUAGUUCAAAUAAGGUUUUUGUGAAAAAAAGUUAUUGAAAUAGGAAGUACUGUAUAUUUUUCGUUAUGCUUGAAGGUGGCUCGCCCCACAUCAGAUAGCUAUGGCGAAUUUGAACUUUACAAGAAAUAUUGGAGGUAACAGCCUGGCAAGAACAAGUGUUAGUUUUGGAAAUAAUUCUAUGUCUGGACAUGUUACUCCUGUUUUUGGACAAAGAACAUCUUCUGAAAGAAGAACCCUACCUGCUAUGGGAAAUAAUAAUCAAAUGGGUAACAUGAAUACCCUGGGAGGUUACAGUUCGUUCAACUCUGUGUUUGGUUCGGGGGACACGAAUACUCCAUCUCUGCUAGACCUUAGUGAGUUCCCAUCAUUGACUAAUCGAAGUUCUGGUGAUAACGUCCCUCAACCAAGUCCUAUGCCGGGAGCGAAACCAUAUGUAGGAAUGGUUAAACAACCGACGUCCGAAGCUAGUGAAUUCACUAUGUCGUCCGAAGACUUUCCUGCCUUACCUGGUACUCAGAAUAGAGAGGGUGCGUCUCCUGGUAGCAGUACGUCUGGUGAUAAGAAUGUUAUUGGUGGUGCAGGAGAUGGAGUGAGUUCGAGAGAUGGGGAUAAAAAUGGUUCCAAAUCGGGUAUUCAGACGUCGCCUGAUGGCAGAGUGACGAAUAUCCCUGCCAGCAUGGUGAAUGAUCAGUUCGGCAUUGUUGGUCUUCUGACGUUCAUCAGGGCAGCCGAGACUGAUCCUAACCUAGUUUCUUUGGCACUCGGCCAAGAUUUGACUGCGCUUGGAUUGAAUCUCAACUCCCCUGACAACCUGUACCCUACUUUUGCAGGACCUUGGGCAGAGCACCCUUGUAGGCCGCAAGACAUAGACUUCCAUGUUCCUCCAGAGUAUCUUAUCAACCAUGCCAUCAGGGAUAAACUUGCAUCGAUGAAAUUAAGUCGAUACAAAGAUGAUCUUCUAUUUUUCAUGUUCUACAACAACGUUGGUGAUGUACUUCAAAUAGCAGCAGCCCAAGAAUUGUAUGCCAGGGAUUGGAGGUAUCAUACCGAAGAUAAAGUGUGGAUCACCCAGGUGCCAGGCAUGGUUCUAAUGGAGAAAACAUCAGUGUACGAAAGAGGAACAUACUACUUUUUCGAUGCGCAGAAUUGGCGGAAAGUGGCGAAGGAAUUUUACCUGGAAUACAACAAACUGGAAGGGCGGCCCAUAAUGACCCCAAACUUGCACCACAAUUCAUGAAAGUCUUGAUCCAUGACUUUGAUCGACUAUAAAUAAAUGAAAAGUGUAUACAUUAUGAAUUGUUAAUUUUAAGGUUAACUGCAUCUGGUAGAUAAGUGACUUUGACAUUUAUUUAUCAGAAUUGGAUAAGUAUUAAUUGAAAAGAUUAAAGUUAUAUAUCUAUACAGUUUUCAUUUCAUUUGUAAAUUGUACAUUAUUAAUAAAUGAUUAUAAUGAACAUGGAAA